AUGCAUUUGACACUGACGCCGCUGUCCGCGGCGGGCGGGGACUCCGGAGUGUCGCAACUGAUCCGGGGCUCGGAGGUGCGCGUCACGCUGGACCACAUCAUCGAGGACACGCUGGUCGUGUCGUUCCGCCUCGGGGAGAAGCUCUUCUCCGGGGUCCUCAUGGAUCUGUCCAAAAGGUUUGGGCCUUAUGGGAUCCCUGUGACAGUAAUUCCCCCAAGGGACUGCAAAGAGAAGCCGGGAGCCACGCAGCUCCAAAGUGAUUCAUUCCCAGAGGGGACAGACGUCAAGGCCGAAGUGAGCGGGACUGCCGUCCCGUCUGCGGAGCUGAGCGUGCAGAGAAGCCUGUGGCUCUCCAAGCCACCCCCUCUCUUUCAUGAAGAAGCGCCUUAUCCUCCCCCUCUGUUUAUCAGGGACACGUACAACCAAGUUAUACCUCAGCCGCCCCCUCGGAAAAUCAGACGAACCAAACGAAAACUGUACCGGAAAGAACGCUCUGUCCUGAUGGAUGGGAUUGUACUGCGCCCCAGGCGAGUCCUGUGUGAUAAAUGUAAAAACAGUGCUGCCGACGACAAGGACAUCAGCGAAGGUAACGGCCCCGCGAGUGACUCUUCUUCUAAACGGGAAGCUAAAAAGAGGAGGAACGAAAGUGGGACGACUGUGAACAAAAAGCUGAAAACUGACCACCAAGAGGAUGGGAAAAACCAAAAUGAAAGCCAGGGAAGAAAUGUCGGGGUGGAGCUGUCCAAUCCGGCUCCCAGCCGGGGCAGGGCUUCUGCUCAGGCGAAGCCCUCCAAAGCUCAGUGGAGUGCUCAAACCGUCCUCCAGAGCAAGAAGACGGAUGACACCAAAACUCCGGAAGUGUCAAACAAGGCCAAAGGCAAGGCACAAAAGAAGCAUGGGGAACUCUCUGGAGCCAAGAAUGCACAUCCCAAGGGCCAUGUGAAGCAUCACCGCCAGAAUGCCAAGACCGCUUCCCUUCCGCCCCAGGUUCGAGCGACACCACAGAGGUACAGGAACGAAGACAAUGACUCUCCUCUGAAGACAGGAUCUGAGGACAUGCACACUGGUAAGAUGGCACCCGAGCCCCAGUCUCGUUGCACCUCUACCCGCCCAGCAGGUGAGGCCCCUUCAGAAAAUCAGAGUCCCUCAGGCCCCGGAGAGGCUCAGGACACAAAUGAAGCGCAUGUGUCUGGUGAGCAGGAUGAACCACAGACACUGGGCAAAAGGGGCAGCAAAAGCAGUAUCUCUGUUUCCGUGACCCCCAAUCUAAAGAAAUCUGACUUUUCCAAUGCUUUAGUGGGUAGCAUGGAUAGCUCAAAUGUUUUGAGAUCUUCCAGCUCUGAGUGUAGCUCUUCUGAAAGCCUGGAUUUUCCUCCAGGCAAUGUGCACGCACCUUCCACUUCUUCCUCUUCAAAGGAAGAGAAAAGGCUCAGUCAUUCCUUGCAAACGAAAGUCUUUUCUAAAAACGUCUCUAAAUGUGUCACACCAGAUGGCAGGACCAUAUGUGUAGGGGACAUUGUUUGGGCCAAGAUAUAUGGCUUCCCUUGGUGGCCGGCCCGUAUUCUUACUAUAACCGUGAGCCAGAAGGAUGACGGCCUUUUAGUCGGACAGGAGGCCCAUAUUUCAUGGUUUGGAUCUCCAACAACAUCUUGCUUUGCUCUUUCGCAACUCUUCCCCUUUUUAGAAAACUUCCAGUCCCGCUUUAAUAAGAAGAGAAAGGGCCUGUAUCGCAAGGCUAUCACAGAGGCAGCCAAGGCUGCCAGACAGCUGACCCCAGAAGUGCAGGCUCUGUUGACAGCGUGAACUGUGAACAUGGACAGUAAAGCAUCUAGACGUUAGCGGGCUGCUGGUGUCAGGGACCCAUACCGCGAUGACACAGACCACACGAGCUGAAUGGUCUUGAAGGAACAUGGAGAUUUUUCAAAGCUGCCCUAAGAAGUCAAUGUUACAUUUACAGACUGUGCUGUAUUCAAACCAAAGAAAAGUUGUUGGGGAUUAUUUUAUAUAGAUAAAGAAAAACUACCUAACUAUUGUAAUAAAUUAUGGCAACGAGAUGGCGGGGGUGAUGUGAAAUAUUCAUACAUGAACUAACUUGAAGUUUAUGUAUGAAAAAUCACUGACAGGUUAGUUAGUUAGUUUGUUUUGUUUGUUUUGAAUGUGAAAUUCUUAUUGAUCCAAAUUGAACAGGCCUUAAAGAAAAUCACAGGACGCUCCAGAAAUGUUGAUUUAGUUUUCCUAUGUAAACUUUGUGCUUUCUCCAGGGUUUAUGGUAAUCAGUUCAGGUUUGAACCAAGGUAUUUCUGAAGUAGCUCUCCUAUGAAAAAGUAAUAAUCACAUAUACUGAAGCCAGUGUUCCCUGCAGGGUGUUGUAGAAACAACAAAAAAUGGCAUCUUGCUGAAAGGAGGGCAAAAUGUCCCCACCUCACCCAGCAGACAAAAUUUGGAGCUCUUGGGUUUUUCAAAUCAAGUAGGGCUGUGUUAUCUCGAAUGUAUUAUUUGCUUAUUGGAACAUAGUAAGAUGUACCUACAGGCCACAAAUAUUUGCUAUUUUGUACCCAUUUUCAUAACUAAUUUUUAUCUUUCAAAUUUCAGUUCAAAAUGCUUGGGCUAAUGUUGAUCUUGGGGUUGAAAACGUACACUCCAAGAGCUUGUUCUUAAUUUUACUGAGCUGAAAAGACUUUGCGUUUUGUGUUUAUCCUUACGGCUUUUAUCUAGUUCAGAAAAUGUGACAUCUGAAUUUUGAUGUGGAUCUCCUUCUGUCUAAGUGCAAGAAAUUCUCACAGGAGCCAGGUAGGACUUGGUCCCAGGGAUGAGGUCUGUAAAGACAGCAUCAAACUUUUUAUGCAUAGAGCAUGAAUUCUUAUUACUAGAGAACUUUGGUAAAUAUGUA